AGAAAAUCUAUUGGCAAGAAAAUAAAUACAUCCACCAAUGGAAAAUAUAUGUCGCACAUGCAUGCUGAACAAGGCAGAGCAGCCAGAAAUGGAACAAGACCUGAAUGAUAUCAAAAUGAUACCGAUUUUUAUUGUGCUGGAGGAGGCCAAAAAGGAAAAGCUCAGCGUAAAGGAAUUAAUUACAACCUCAGUACCACAAAUAAAAAUUGAGGAAAAUGAUCAGUUGCCAAAAAGUAUAUGCCAAAAAUGCUUAGAAAAAAUCCAAGAUAUUUAUAAUUUUCAGCAAAAAUGUGUGAACAUUGAAGAAAAAUUCUAUAAAAUGUUAUGUGAGGGUGAUUCAAUAGAUUCAUUGAAUUGCCCAGAAUAUCCAGAUGAAGAACUUAUUAAAACUGAAAUGGUAAAGAAUUAUUUAAGCCAGGAUGAUUCUAUGGAUUAUAUAGCUGAUAAUGACAGAAUUAUGGAAGAUGAAAUAAGUGGCGUGGAUAUCUGCAAUAACUUUGUUGAGUCAGAUUGUGAUGAAAGUAACGGAAGUGAUUGGGAGGAAAUGCAUCAACAGAGUACAUCUAAAAACGACACGAAGUCAAAUUCUACAAAAAUUAAAAAGAGGGAAAAGAAGACAAAAGAAAGCCCUAAAGAAAAAUUAAAACAAACCUCCAAAAAACGCAAAGUUAGAUCAAAAGAAUCUAAUACUAAAGACAUUUAUCCCUGCGGAAAAUGUCAGAGAAAGCUGAUAUCUAAAUUAUCAUUUAUAAAACACCAAGAAAUGCACUUGAAAAAGGACAAAGAAGAGCAAGAAUUGAAAUGUAGCAUUUGCAAAGAAGAAUUUACUGAAAGAAUCGAGUUUAAAAAUCAUCAACAAUCACAUAUAGCAUUAAAUUUUUAUUUUGUAGUCGAUAAACCGUUCUUAUGUUCUCAAUGUGGUAAAGGAUUUGCUUCAGCCGGAAGUUUAAAACAACAUUCUUUUCGUCACUUAGACAAGAAACUAUAUCCUUGUUCAGAUUGUCCCAAAUCGUUUCCUACUAAAAAUGACCUACUUUGUCAUUAUGAAAUUCAUAAAGCCAAACCACGAAUUCACGUGUGUGAUGUAUGUGGACGUGGUUUUCACAAACCAUUCCUAUUGAAGCAACACCAGAGGUAUCAUAAUGAUGAAAGACCAUUUGCCUGUGAAUUUUGUGAAAAACGAUUUGUUACCAGUGAGAAACAACAGCGUCAUAUGCGAACCCACACUGGUGAAAAACCAUAUCGUUGCAAAUACUGUGACCGAGCUUUUGCUCAAAGUAAUGAUUGCAUAAAACAUUUGAGACAACAUCUGGGCGAAAAUGUUUAUCAAUGUGAAUUGUGCCCAUUGAGAUUUCCUUUGGCCAGAGAUUUACGUGUGCAUUUCGCCAGUCAUAAAGAUGACGAUGACGAAACCCGUGCUCGAAAUAUUGAUGCUCGGAUAGAAGAAGAACGAAACCUGCAAAUUAAAUUAAGUGCUCAAGAUAUUUAAUCGCCAUUUAAACUUUUUUGUAAAUUGGAAAUUUUCUUAAGUAAACAGAAUGUAAUGAAUGAAACGUA